AGGAAUGGUGUUGCAAUCUCGAGACAUACACCUCUUCGACAACAACGAACACAGCUGACAAACAUGGAGAAAAUACAAGCGAUUAUUUGACGAAGGAGAUCAAAAUAUGGCACAUAUUUGCCGGAAAAUGAAGCGACAGCAAAUCGACGCAUAUCUGUCACUGACAAAUACGCGAAAUCUGUUGGUUUUUGACGAGGAAUACCAGAAUACGUGAGGGUUGUUGUCAACACUACAGCCAUAAUCCAAGUUGGGGGGAAAAAAAAUGUCGACGGUCGUAGGUUCCGAGAAGGGCUCUGAACGGACGGCGAUGGAGAGGUUUGGUAGCGGAGGGAUGGCGCUUCUGCCUUGGACUAAACAGAUACUCACCGUACUUUGGGAACAGCUUCGGCUGCUGGUUCAGGUCAUAUACUACACCUUCAUGUCAGUUUUCCAGAUGUUCAGGUUUGAGCUUCACGUGAGAAUCACAGACGAGACAGGUCAACACAUCCAGCACAUGACCACAGCAGCAAACCCAACUGAAUCCUUCCUGUUCUCUUCCUUGUUUGACGGAGACAACGGAGUGAUAGUUGGAGGAUCAAAUCCCCUCUCUAACUUCUGUACGGAUGUGGGCGACUCCUUUGCUGGGAAAUCCACCGCUGAGGCCCUGCUGUCCACUCUACGUGCCGACGACCUGUGCUGUGGAAUAGUGGAUGAUUUUGUGUCCGGCAAAGACGACGGCAUCUUUUUAGGACACCAAUCCACUUGGAAAAUGGGCUUCCCUGGUGACUGGAACAUCUUUGUGUCAAGCAGCGACAGCUCCAGCUCAAACGACGGCUGCCAUAGAAGUAGUGAGAAGGUCUUUAAACAGGAAAAUACAGAAGAGGAGAAAAGUGUUCACUGGAGUAGCGAAGAAGACCAGAACAUAGUUGAAUUUGACAGUGAGGAAAGUAAGGCGCUUUGGGAGUCUCUGUCAAAAUCUAGUGAUCCUUACAACCCCUUCUUUUUCUCUGCAUGCAUUUCAACAAACACCAAUAUGGGAAAAAGUAAAGACCAAGUGAUGGACAGUGCUGCUGGCCUCAUGUCAGCGAGCAAGGCCAGCGAGGAGAUGUUGGGGCCUCAAGGUCUGAAUAUCUGGGUCAGUCGUUCUGACAGCGAGAGCAGUUGGAGCAGCUGGGCCAGUUCGGACAGUUCGAGCCCCGACAUUGACGAGGAGGGCGAGAGGCUCUUGGAGUUCUUCAGCAGUCCCCAAGACCCGUACAAUCCCAUGUGCUUCACUGCGUGCACAUUCAACAGCACCUCACCUCAAACCACCCCCGCCACCAAAGUCUCAAAACAACAAGCCUCACUUCCGCCAGCUUCCUCCAAGUCUGACACAGACACAGAGGAGAAGGAGAGCAGCUUUCCUCCUUCAUCUGAAGAUGAUGAAGAAGAACAGCUGUGGAAAUCUCUCUGUCAAAAGGACGACCCGUACCACCCUCUAAACUUCCAGGCCUGCCUCCUCAGCUCCCCAACGACAACAACACUGCAGUUGGGAGAAGACCCAGAUCCCCUUGAUGUUCACCACACAAAAAAUCCACCCACGAAGGGAAAGAAAUGUGAAAAAGAGGCAAAGUCACCCCAAAAAUCUAGAGCCACCAAGCCCUCAGUGCCAGAGAGGCAGUUAAAGCAUCACUCCCAUCCAGACAAAACACUGGUGCCCUGGAAAAGACCUGGACACACACUUCAGUCACUGCCACAGGAGAAGAAAGAAAGCAAGGCCAGCACCCCCAAGAAAAAGGUGCAAUUUUCUCCUCUGGUCCAAGUCCAUGUCAUGCGGACCUGGCCGUUUGCUCGCCAGGCGUCUCGUAAAGGACACUGGGAAGAAAUGGCACGAGACCGGGACCGCUUCCGGAGGCGGGUCCAGGAAAGUGAGCAGGCCAUUGGCUACUGCUUCACCCAGCCCCACAGAGAGAAGAUCCGGGCGUAUCUGGACGGUGCCUUGAAAUAAAUAACAGCCCUGAACACUGAAUGUUUUAUUUCCUUUUCGGAUGAGAACUUGUGAUUGGUUGCAAUGCAACAGUGAUUUUGAUUUAGGCCAAUUAGAAACUGGAUGUUGGGCCAACUUUAAUGUUCAGUGUCAAGUUGAACAACCUUGUACCUCAGAAGGUUUUAUACAUUUUGUGACUGUUGCACUGACGGACACUUUCUCCUAUUAAGCUCAGCGUUAACGUGUGGAAUGUUGUUUUUGUAUGCCUUAUAUACUGACCUAGUAAUGUAACUUAUUUAUGCCCUAUGGAGCUUGUUUUUUGAUUUUGUACUUUUGGUUUUAACUGUGUUUUUAUAGGUGUGAAAAAAAGCCACAGUGGUGAAUCUAGAAGUUAAAAGUAGAAAAAAAUGAUAUCGUAAGAAAGCAGAGCUUUACAGAACAAAGUGUUUUGGAAAAGAUGUUUUUUUUAAGCAUGAUGUAUAGUAUAGACAAGAAGUUUUGGUGCAGUUCUUGACUUUGUAGUGUUCACAUAUUUUAGUUUUUUAUAUUUAAGUUUUGUCUUUGAUGGCACAUAAUGGCAGCCUUUUAGCUCUAAGUGUGGAGAUUGACAGGAAGGAUGCAAACACUGUCCUAUGUGACUCGACUCAGCUUCUGGUGGUAACGUCAUGUAGACAGCAAUGUGUCAAAAAAAUAGUCUGUAGCAAAUUUGUUAUUAGGUGCUUUGCCAGAUUAAUAAAAUUUGUUACACUAUAUGUUAUAUCGUUCUCUGUUUUGCAGAUGCAAGUUUUUACAAUGUGGCGAGAUGUAACUUUUAUUUAUUCUACUUAACUAAAAGCAAACAACACACAGAUGUCGUGUGUGUGUGUGUGUAUACUUGGAAUUACUACUCCCUCUGCCAUUUUCUGCCUUGGGUGUAACAGGGAAGUGGAGCGAGUACACAAGUUCCCGGGAAUAUGCAAACAACACGCACACAAAUCCUCUGGUCAUGUUCUCAGUUGGCUGGUUUUUCUUUUGUGUGCAAUAGAACCCGUAUCAGCUGUCUCAGCCUUUUGUAAGGACACAUUCUUGACAAAAUGUCCUUACAAAAAGGCUGAAAUUGUGAGAUAAAAUCAAUUCAGAUGUUU